AUGCACCGCUUCACUGCCCGCUGCGUCAUUAACGCGGCGGCACCCAUCUCGGCUCGUCGGCUGUCGCUGCGGUUCGGCACGUACUGGGCACAACGGUGCCCUACGCGAUUCAUGGUAACCAAAACCCACCUCUCCACUGCGGACGAGGCGGCCGCUGCUACCGCCGCCGCCAAACCCUGGAUAGCAUCACCGCACAACCGUUCCGUUGCCCACUGGCUGUACCUCAGCGCUGCAUGCGUGGGUGGCGUUGUCUGGUUGGGCGGGGUGACGCGCUUAACGGAGAGCGGACUGUCAUUGGUGGAGUGGAAGCCGAUUAGCGGCGUGCGUCCGCCGCUGACGGACGAGGAGUGGGAUAAGGAGUUCCACCACUACCAAGAGUUCCCCGAAUUCAAGCAGAAGCCGAACAUGACGCUGAAGGAGUUUCAGCUCAUUUUCUUCUGGGAGUGGGCGCACCGCUUGCUAGCGCGCAGCCUCGGCCUAGUCUUUGGCGCACCGCUGCUCUACUAUGCCAGCUGUGGCUACUUCAAGGGCAACGGCAAGUUCCUUGCUGGUCUUAUCGGCAUCCUGGGCCUGGGUGGUGCACAGGGGUUCAUGGGGUGGUACAUGGUCACAAGCGGGCUAGACAGCAAACUGCUGGAGGAGCGCAGGAAGGCGACUGUGUCCGCUUACCGCCUUGCCGCUCACCUCAUUCUGGCCUUCACCAUCUACUCCUUUAUGCUACGCAUGGGCUACGGACUGAAGCUGCCGGCCAUGGCACCUUUUCCUCGCAUGGCCAAGGUGCAGCUGUGGUCACGGCUGUCCUUUGCCACCAUGUUUGCGACAGCCAUCUCAGGCGCCUUCGUGGCCGGGCUUGAUGCGGGGCUCCUGUACAACGACGAAUUUCCGUGGAUGGCCGGCGGCAUCUUCCCACCGGCUGACCAUCUCUUCACCCUUGAGCCGACGUGGCGCAACUUUUUCGAGAACCACUCAAUGGUGCAGACAACCCACCGCAUCAUGGCUGGAACGACAUUUCUAACGAUCAUGGGACUGAACUUGGCUGCGUCACGGCGGCGCGGCUUCAUUCCGCCGUCUGUCUUCCGCAACCUCAUGUUUGUGAACACAGCUCUGCUGCUUCAGAUCAGUCUUGGCGUGGGGACAGUGAUGUCGACGGUGUACGUGCCCAUCGCCGUAUCUCACCAGAUGGGUGCGCUGGUACUUCUCACCACGCUGAUUCGCCUGUGCUCGGUGGUGGGCAGUCGUGGCCGUGUGCUCGCCUAG